AUGGCACUAACGACCCAUCAGUUGCAGGGUCCUUACAGCGCUUUUCCAUUAGGGCCUUCACCAUGGAGCAGAGGGAACAAGUUGAUAAAUUUUCUAACCAUCCGUGCAGCUGGGCAAAACAAUAGAUUUACCUCCUUGAAAUGCAAAUAUUGUUUAAGUGUAGGAGCUCCUUUUGUCGUUGGACCAAAAACGCAGUUAUUUAAAAUAUCAGCUUUUAAAGGUAGCAGUUGCGAUGAUGAUGCUGGAAGCAGCAGUAGUGGGUCAAAGACCCUGAAGAAUCCUGUUAGCGUUUCAUAUGUACGACAUGAGAGUGAAGAAUCCUCAGUGAAAUCUCCGGUUCAAAAUAUUCCUGUUUCUUGUACAUCAUCUGCAGAUGAGACAACAAUCCAGUCACCGGCUAUACAAAAUCUACUUAAGGACUGGUUGAUGUUAUUGCGUGCUACAUCACAAAACCAACAAGUGACUGAAGUUCUUGAUGAACCUUCAUCGGUAGAAACUUUGGAAACACAAAACAGUUUGCAAAAGCAAGAAAGAGUUGAAAUAAUUAAGGCUGUUUGGUGCUCCUUUUUAGGUCUGGAUGCAGCAAUAAAGAUACCUUUAUUGAUAUUUGUCCCUUUGUACCUGGCAGUUAAUUUAGUAUAUGGAUCUGUAGUUUCGAGAGAAUUGACCCCUUUAUGGGUUCUCGGACCAUUAAUUGUUGCUCUCUACAUUAAGAUGAUCCGGUUCAUUUGUGGUCUCUAUUUAUUCACCUUCAAGCAGACGGUUAAAGCAGUUAAGAACCUGCCUGUCUACUGCCUUUUGCUGCAUAAUUAUGUUGUGUGUGGGAAGUUUAAAGAAGACAUACGCGCACUUAUAUGGCAACCUGUGGUUGACAUCAGAAACAUGGACUACAAAGAGGUAAUGAAGCGAAAUGCAAAAGAUUUGGAAAUCUGGUUGGUGGAGAAAUAUCAGGACUGUGUGGAAUCCAUAUGGCCAUAUUACUGCAGAAUGAUCAGGUUUUUGAAGAGAGCAAAUCUAAUAUAG